UUUUUUAAAAUAUAAAAAUAUGGUCAGCAGAUUAAGAAAAUGCAGAAAGAUGAGAGGACAUGUUUGCCAUGGUUAUGGUAGAGUUGGAAAGCAUAGAAAGCAUCCAAGCGGUAGAGGUGUUUCAGGAGGUUUGACACAUCAUAGAAUCAACUUUAACAAAUAUCAUCCUGGAUAUUUCCAAAAAACUGGAAUGAGACAUUUUCAUUUGAAAAAGAACUAACUACAUAAACCAGUAGUUAACAUUGACAAGUUAUGGUCACUUGUUACAGAUGAAACCAGAGAAAAAUAUUCCAAAUCUAAAGAUAAGGCUGCAGUGAUUGAUGUUACCAAGGCAGGUUAUUUUAAGGUCUUGGGCAAAGGAAGAUUACCAAAUCAACCAGUUGUGGUGAAAGCUAAAUUCUUUAGCAAAACUGCAGAAAGAAGAAUUAAGGCUGUUGGUGGAGCAUGUAUACUUGUUGCCUGAUAAAAUUUAUAUACAUUAAAAACAUCUGUCAAAUACAAAUAUUUAUAUAAGAGAAUCUGUUA